UUUGCUGGCCUCUGAAUGGGCAGGACCUGGUGCGUCAUCAUAUAAAGCCUAUACCUGAUCAGCAUCUGCAGCAUCAUGAACAAGAACAUGAAUACAUUAUAUGUCAGGAGUAAAAGUGUGUCAGAGGAAACACUGUGCUCCCAUAAGGAAGAUGAAGGGGCUCUUCAGGGGAUGGACCAAUAUCGUGUCAGGAGACUCUCCUGUCGCAAUCUCCAGCUUCCCCCUUUGGCGUUCAGGCAGCUGGAGCAGGCAGAUUGGGACAGAAAAGGUGAUCCAGAGAUGGUGCCGAGGCCCACUAGUCUUCCACUGAGGACGCUCCCACUAAUUGCUAUCACAGCUGCAGAAUCUGUCAGUUUUGACGUCGACAAUGGCACCUCAUCGGGACGGAGUCCCUUGGAUCCCAUGACAAGCCCUGGAUCAGGGCUGAUUCUCCAGGCUAACUUCGUUCACAGUCAACGUAGGGAAUCCUUCCUCUACCGGUCUGAUAGUGACUAUGACCUCUCUCCAAAGUCCAUGUCUAGGAACUCCUCCAUUGCCAGUGACAUACAUGGCGAUGACUUGAUUGUGACACCAUUUGCUCAGGUGCUGGCCAGCUUACGUACUGUACGGAAUAAUUUUGCUGCGUUAACCAACCUUCAGGAUCGAGCACCCAGCAAACGGUCACCCAUGUGUAACCAACCAUCCAUCAACAAAGCAACCAUAACAGAGGAGGCCUACCAAAAACUGGCCAGCGAGACCCUGGAGGAGCUGGACUGGUGCCUGGACCAGCUGGAAACCUUGCAGACCAGGCACUCCGUCAGUGAAAUGGCCUCGAACAAGUUUAAAAUAAUGGGGGGGUCUUCACCUACCACCAAAAAGAAUAGAGAAUGCGCCAGGCACACCUCUUUAAAAAGCUCAUUCCAAAACGGGUGUCACAACUGAAGGGGCUCCCAGAGAAGGAACCCCAGAGAUAACCUCAGGGUUCAGGCGAUCCUUCAGAAAACCUAGUCCCAAGCGAUUUAGGGCUUUUAAUAUUAAUACUAGCGCUUUGAAUUGGGCCUGGACUUCUACUGGCAGCCAGUGUAGCUGGUAGAAGACUGGUCUAAUGUGUUCUCAUGAGCCAGUCUUCAUAAUCAUUCUUGCUGUCCUGUUUUGGAUUGGUUAAAGUGUUGUGAAAAUCACCUUUCAAACACAGAGGUUUGUGGUGUUAUCUAAUAUGCACCUUCUACAACCCUUUGCCCUCUAGAUGUGUUGGACUGCAGCUCCUACCUUCCUCCAGCCAGCCAUGUUGACCAAAACAUCUGAAGGGCACCAGGUUGAGGAAGGCUGAUAUAAAACAAUGCAUGCACCCACCUUUCCCUGGAUCACCAUGUGGUUUCAAUACUUUGGAUGUUUUGCAGGAUUGUAAUCAUAGAACUUGACCUGACUCUCUCUGAGAAGCAGAACUGUGCAUGUCCACAGUCUCCACAAUUAUUGCAAGGAAAUUUGGAGGGAGGAACAGAGGAAGGGUCUUGAGUCAGUGCUGCUUCUUAAGCAAAGGAAAAAGAGGAUGACCAUUCCAUGCUUGCCUCUUUGGUUCAGCCAGAGCAAGAAAAAGUAGUGCUUCCUUUGGCUGAAAUUUCUCCUUUGAGGUUUUAGCUUUUGCAUCAGGAAUGGUGUCAGUGCUAUUCAGGUGGGUCAGGAAAAAAAUAUAUACAAUGUGGAGAAAGAGGACAGGGAGGCAUUUUUCUUUUUAUCUCUUAUUACAUAAACUCAGUAUCAAGCCAUGAAGCUGAAUGGUAGGAGAUUCAGGACUGAUAAAAGGAAGUAUUUCACACAGCAUGCAUGCGAUUCUUUGUCUCAGGAAAAUUAAAGCCAGUGUAGUGCAGUAAAUCCAAUUUGGAUUACUUUAAAAGGGGAUUAGACAAACCCAUGGAGGGUAAGGCUCUUGGUGUGGGCAUUAGAGUGCUGGGCUGACAACUCCAUGAAACUCCCUGGAUGAGUUUGGGCCAGUCAUUCACUCUCAGCCUAGCCUUACCUCACAGGGUUGUUGUGAGGAUAAAAUGGAGCUAGGGAAGCCACCUUGGAUUCCUCACAAGAGAAGAAAAGGUGGAAUAAAAUGCACAAGAAGAAUAAGAAUAGUUAUGAUGGGUACAUAUUAUACCUGGCAUUGAAGGCAGUAUGCCUCUCUCUAGCACAGUGAUGGCAAACCUUUUAGAGACCGAGUGCCCAAACUGCAACCCAGAACCUACUUAUUUAUUGCAAAGUGUCAACACUGCAAUAAAACCUGAAUACUGAGGUUUUAGUUUAGAAAAAACAACAACACACAGCCAGUCCAAGCAAAUAUAUAUAUAUAUAUAUCCUUGGUAGCACACUGACCAGCCAUGCGAAAGUUUGGAUGAGUCAUGGUGGAUGAGUCGCUGCUCGUGAUGUCAUCACCUGGCACCACUACUCCUUUCUGAGUGUGCGCAUGGCCCCUGUGUGCGCUGUUACCUGAUGCUCGGCUGCUGGGGUGACUUGGCUCGCGUGCUGACAGAGAGGAUUCUGCAUGCCCGCUGCGGCAUACAUGCCAUAGGUUCGCCACCACUGCUCUAGCAGAUGCUGGGGAACAUAAACAGGAAGGUGCUAUGUUGCUCAUAUAGGCAGUCUCCAAGUUACAAACAUCCAAGUUACAAACAACCCAUACUUACAAACUGCCAUAAAGCCUAUUAAUGAUUUUCCACAGUGAUUUAAAAAAAAUCACCAUAGAGAGAGAGGAAGGAAAAUGGGAAAGAAGGCGGGCUCCAACGCAUUCCUCCCUGCCCCACCUAUCUCUCUGGCAUUUCCUUGCUGCAGAAAGGAGGCACUGGUGAAUUUGAGCAGAGAUAAUUGUGUUUUUCCACUCUCAUGGGAGUCCUGUGUUCCUAAGCCCUGUGUGUGUGGAGGACUGACUAUAUGCAAUCCAACAUAUAUAGAUUUGAUUUAAAGACAAGUUUCUAUUUUCUCAGGAAUGGAACUCGUUCAUAACCUGGGGACUACCUGUAUUUUACUUGCAGACGUACCAUUGGCAACUGGUUGGCCACUGUCUGAAAAGGAUGGUGGCCUAGUUAGGCUUUCUUUGAAGGUCUGGACAGACACCACAGCCAGAAGGGACUCAGAAUACAUUCUUCCUACAUGCAAAUGUGUGUGUGUGCAUACCCACAUAUUUGAGAAGGAUGUUCGGGCUGUAGACGUGGUUACUGCACAAUAGCCUACAGCCUAAGUUUUAUUUAGCAUGUCUAAAUCUCCUGGAGUGAUCUCAGAUCUCUGUGUGUAUGAAGGAAACACACACAUUGGUGGAGGAAGAUCAUAACUCCUUCCAUAUACGUGUGUGCUUCCUUCAUACACACAUGCUGUCUGAGAAUCUAGGGUUGCCUUGCUGUGGUAUGGCCAUAAUCAGAGAUUUUGUUUGCUAUAUGAGAUUAUCUCCAGCUAAUGGUGACCAUAUGAAUUAUGCCCCCCCAAAAUGUCCUUGACAGUGCUGCACAGCUCUUGUAAGUUCAAGGCUGUGGCUUCCUUUGUGGAGUCAGUCCAUCUCAUAUUUGGUCUUCCUCUGCCUUUGACUUUCUCCAGCCUUACUGUCUCCUCCAGAGAGUCUUGCAUUCUUAUGAUGUGCUCAAAGUAUGACAGCUUCAGUUUUGUCAUUUUCACUUGCAGGAAGAGUUCUUGAAUGAUUUGAUCUAGAACACACUUGUGUGUCCUUCUGUCAGUCCUGAGUAUUCCCAAAGCUCUUUUCCAACACCAUGUUUCAAACACAUCAGUUUUCAUCCUGUCAGCUUUCUUCACUGCCCACCUUUCACACCUAUAUAUUAGAUUGGGAAUACAGUAGAGUAAAUGACCUUGGUCUCCCAUGAAAAGUCCUUGUAUUUUAUUAUCUUUCUUUUCUUUAUUGCUGCCCUUCCAAGUCUCAGUCUUUCUCCCAGUUUCUUGGGUACAGACUCCAUUUGAGUUGAUGACUGGACCAAGUUAUGCAAAAGCUUUUGCAAUUUCAUUUUCUUCUUUUUACGGUAAAGUUGUGUAAUUUUUCUCUAGUCAUGUUUUUUGUUUUCUCUUUCAGCUUCAAUCCUGCUUUUGCACAUCUUUCCCUUUCAUUAGGAAUCAUUUCAAUUCCUUCUUUGCUUACAGUAAUAUAGUAUCAUCAGCAUAUCUUAAUUUAUUGUUGUAUCUUCUGCCAAUUUUCACUCUUUCCUCACUUGAUCCAAAUCCAACAUUCCUUAUUGGAUUGUUCUGUAUGUUCUGCAUACAGAUUGAACAGAUAGGGAGAUAAAAUACAUCCUUGUCCCAUGCCUUUGCUUACAGGAAACCAUUCUUAUUCCCCAUAUUCAGCUUCUUAAUCAUGAUACCAGUUAUUGCAACAGGAGAGUUAAGUGCUGAGGUAAAUUCAUUUCCUUCAGGGUCAUUUGUCGCUUCCUGUGAUUCACACAGUUCAAGACUUUACUGAAAGCACAGACUAAUCUUUGGAAACCAACAUAUAUUUGUGAAAUGAUCUUGAGUGCCUCUUCUUUUUCAGAAUCCAGAGUGAAUGAUAGGUAUUUCUUGCUCUGUAUAAGAAUAUGUGUUGCAACACCUUGAGAAUCACUUUGCUUGCAUGAGGAAUCAGUGCAUUGGUUUUGUAGUAGCUGCAUUCCUUUCCAUCUCUUUUCUUGAGCAUUGGAAUAUAUAUCAAAUGUUGCCAAUCUCUGGGUCAUUAUUUUGUUUCCCAUAUUUUUGACAUAUUCUUGUUAUCAUUUGGAUUUAUUAAAUCUCUGCAGCUUGGAUUAGUUCUACUGGCACCCUGUCUACUCCAGUGGCUUCAUCUGUUCCAACUGCUUUCAGAGUAGCUUUCCCUUCACUUUCUGAUAUUGUAGGCUCUUCCUCAUAACAAUCUUCUUCAAAAAAGUCAGUUAUCUUUUUAUAUUUUCUGGAUAGUCCUUCUGUAUAUCAUUCCUACCUGCUCUUUAUUUUCUCCUGGUCAGAGAAGUAUGUCCUCCUGUGUGCCUUUCAAUAUUCCUAAUUUUAAGUUUGAAUUUCCUGUUGAUUUCUUUGAACUUCUGGAAAAGGGCUCUUGUUUGUCUUCUUUUCUUAGAUGUAUUUCUGAAAAAUAGAAAAUAAUAUGAAAUAAGAAAUAACCAGCCUCUGUUGGCCAAGUAAUGCUUAUAGAACUGAAUCAAAGGUUUGAAUUUAAAAAUACAAGUGCAGGCAAGAAACUCUUUCUUCCCAACACUUGCUUGGGCUGUCACUCUGAAGAAGAGGUGUAAAAGGACAGCUCUUCUCACCCCCUUUUUCAAGACAUUAAUUGCUUCCAUCAGAACAAGAGUCUGCUCACAGCUGCUGCUAUCAGUGUUUGGCUGAACCCCUCCAUUUAGUGGGUCCUGUUCAUAGUGCAAGCAGUCAUAUUAUGACUGCUACUUCUAUUGACUGCCAUGCAGAAAUUACUUCAUACUGCCUCCACACAUCAGUUGCAAUAUGCACACCAGUCUUUUGUGUAUGGUUCAGCAUGCAUUCGUGUAUGGUUCUGUUGAUAUCAGUGAUAAAAAUUUCAGUCACAACUGUAAAGUAGAGCAGCCUGUUUAAUAUUAGAGAGGAAGAAUAAUGUAGUCACAUCAAAUUUAAAGGGACUUUCUUAUCAACCAAUAUCUUAUUGUUCAACUGUUGCAAAAAGAAUUCUUUUCCAGUAAACAGUAGCCCGGUUGUAUAGUGGGCAGGUGGUCUAUUGAAGUGUUUUAAGAUCAAUAAACUACUAAUAGGCUCCAUAAAAUCUGCAGCUACUGUGUGACAGUAUUCUUAUAUAAUGUCUGCAGAGAGCACUCCUGACUUCAUAACGCAUUUGGAUUUUUGUGUUUCCUACUAUUUCUUGGAAAAAUCAAAGACCUGAUGGGCAUUUACUUUGGAAGAGACUUACCUUGAAACAAGAACACCACCAUUUUCUGAUGAAAGUAUAAGGCAGUCUUCUCCAACCUGUUGCCCUUCAGAUGUUCUGAACUUCAACUCUCAUCUGCUCCAGGCAUGGUUAAUGGUCAGGAAUUCUGGGAAUUGUAGACCAGAUCAUCAGAGGGGCACCAAAUGGGGGAAGGUUUAUAUAAUAUGCCAUGAUACACUGUGGCAGAUCUUGGUCUGUCUGGCCAGGUAUUUCCAACUCUAGCUAUUACUGGCUCUUGGGCAGAGGUCUUUCCUAUCACUUGUUGCCUCCUCCCUUUGGCUAAUGUGGCAGGGAUCAAACUGCAGCCUCCAGCAUCCCAGGAUACACUCUGCUACUGAGCUAUGGCUGCUUCCCAGUGAAAAAUAUUAUGGAGCAAAUACUUUUUGAUGUAUGCUAGCUGUUCCUGGAUUGUACAUUUCUGCAAGUACCCAUUUGUCUUAGUUGCAAAGUCUGCAUUCAACAUCAAUACAUAUAUACUGUGCCCUGUCACUGAGCUGUUUCAGCCCCUUGUUCCUCCAUUGAUGUCCAUUACAAUUUAGGAAGACAAAAGCUAGCAAGGCUUUUGGAGAACCUUGACUUCAAGGACUGAAGCAUGAAGAUAACUCCCCCCCCCCCCCCGAAGAGAUUGGAUUGUGGCCUUAGGCUCACUCCCCCCCCCCUUUUUUUUGUGGCAUUAGAAAUGAGUUGUUGGGGAAAUUUUGCUAGAAGGUUUUCUUGAAUUGUUCACGUCAUCUGGUGCAAACUUCAUCAUGUUUGCUUUCAGCUUUUAGUAUGCUCUAAAAGAUGGAUGGCAUGGGAUGAAUGGGAUGUGGGCUGACAUGUGGCUUAUCAGAGCAAAACAGGAUCAGGUCCUAGCCUGCUGAAAAGUUGCAUUAGAAUGACCCAGCAUAGAUAGUACCUUUAGCACUAUGAAAUACCCAUGGCUUGCAGGAAGGAAUAAAGUAAAGGUUUCUUCCUUGCUUUCACAAAGGGUUAUAUUUAACAUAUUAAUUAAGUAAUACCUUUCUCUGCCCACACACCACCACCUUUUAUGCUGCUGGCAUGAGAUACAAGAAACUUAAGUCUUUGUUCUCUGAUGGAGAAGGAGUGCCUUGUGUUUUAAUCACUUGCUCUAGGUAGUGCUGGAGUACACAACAGACUUCCACUUGGGUAACCAUGGAGAUAAGCGUGGGUGGGAUGGGUAGACAUCAUUCUCUUCUGUAGAAAGGGCUUUCAGAAGCAAGAAUAGGGUGCAAAGAGCAACUUGCUAUAGAGUUUUUCCUCAUGCAAAAGCCUUGGUUUGCUUUUUAGGUUCUUCACCCUAGCUUCAUCAGAGGUGUGCAAUGGAGUGUUUUUCACUUUUCUUGAGAAAAGCUUGCAAACAAGGCAGCUGCCAAGCAAAGUCAGAAUUGCUUUCAGAGUUGUACUUCUGUGGGACUAACUACCAAGCAAGCAGGUCAUAGAGUAGACUCAGCAGAAGCCAACCUCCUUCUGCUGUUAGUGAUAGCAAUCCAUAUGGGGAAGGUUCACUGUAGAUCCGAGCCAAGAUGGGCCCUGAUUCUUGCUGGAAAGGGACUUUGCCAGCAGAAUGUCAUGAACAGCUUUUAUUUCUAUGGCUGCUUCAGCCUCCCUUGUAAGUAAAAUCAUAAGGUAAAGAAGAAACGCAUCCAUGGAACAGUCACUCAUGUGCUAAGCUGUUUAGGGAUUUCUGGUCUCCCUGUAUCUCAGGCACAAGUAGAAAAUCCUGUUCAGUGAUAUUACUCAUAGGAGUGAUUUCUAUGCAUGAAACCCCUAAAUGGAAACCUUAAAGUGGCUGUGAAUGGCUAGGAACAACACUGCCUUCCCACCCCCAAGGUCCUGUUGACGUUGUACAAAGACUACAGGAGCACACUACAGUUCUCAACAUUAGCACAUCUCUUUCCUAUCCAGCACUGUACUAGUGUUGGAAGGAAGCCAGCUGCCCUCUCCUGAUCCUAAGACUAGAAAUCCUGUGGAGAGAAAAACAUAGUUGCACAGCUGUGGUCAGAUACGGCUUAUGGCAACCUCCCUCAACCUGGCAUGCCAUGCUGGGUGGGGAUGGUGGGAGUUGUACACCAACGCAUCUGGAGGGCACGAGGCUGGAGAAGGCAAAUUUAUAACAAGGUAUUUGGUAGGUACUCAAGAACCAUGUGUGUGAAAAGAAGCAAUUCCACACCUGAAAGUUGGUCUGAUUCUGUUUUUUGCCCUGCAUUUCCCCCCAUGGCCUCAUAGGGUAGUGCCUCCCGUUAAUCUCUCAAAUACCAGGGAUCUGUUCCUUUCCUUAGAUGACAGAAAGCAUUUUAGGGCAGGAAUAGGCAGGUUUUAUAGACUCGCAGGGGUUCCUUCAUUUUCUAUCAGAAUGCUGACAUCCACAAACUGGACCGUGUAGGCAGAUACAGAAUUGCAGGACAAUGUACACACAGGCUCAGCACAGGAAUUCAUUUUCAGACCCGGAAGUGGAGCUCAUAUACAGAUUCUUCCAGACACAAAGCUACACCUGUCCUCUUGAUUUCAGCAGGCUGAUGUAAGAGAGGGGGAAAGCUUUUUUGUUAUCAUCACUAUUGCUACUCCAUUAAGUAUUGUAAGCCUUGCUGAUCUACUGCAGUCACCCCAGAGACCUACGAGUGUAUCCGGAUGAGCCUUCUCCCCACUACAGCCUUAGAUUACAGGCCGUUCAUUUUCCACUUGCUUGGUCAUAGCAGCACUGCCCUAGCCGCCCUUCCACUGUGCAUGCUCUGAUGGGUUCAUGGUGCACAUCAUCCCAUCAAUUUUCCUAUUCAGCGUCCUGAACUAGAGAACUAUUAUUGGGUUUUUUGAGUCAUACAGUUGGCACACAGUGGCAAGUAUGCGUUUCAUAAUUUCAUUUCGUUGAAUCCCAUCUCCAUCAAAAUUUGAAUUGGUGGUUGAACUCCCAAAUUUGAAGAAUUUCCCUCCUUGGCCAACUUUGUUUGCCAUGAACUAAUUAGCUACAUGUAUCUGACAAAAACAAUUCUGAUCCAUGAAAUCUCACAUUUCAAUAAGGCUGCAAUCCCAAGCACUCACUGAUUUUAGUGGAGUUUACAUCCAAGUAAAAUGUAUAGGAUUGUGCUAACAAUAGCUUAAGUAUUUCAAGUACGAUAUGAAUCUUUGUUUGCUUCAACUGAUUAACUUGGUUGCCCUUCUGGAAUUCACAGCAUAGUCCAUUAUGGGUAGAGUUGCCCAUUUCCAUGAACAGGAUCCAUGUUCUUGUAUAAUUCCCAUUUAAUUCACUGGGAUCUGUACAAAAAGAUGAAUUAAUAUCCUUUUCAUUGAAGAUUAUACAGUUUAAAUGCACCAUGAAAGCAUUUGAGUUGCAUAUGAUUUUUCUUUAGAUAGGAUUAGAGAUGUAAAUGCCCAAGAAAAAAAUGGGUGGGUAACAGAGGGGGGAAAAACAAGUUUUACAUUUGGGGUGGGUCCAGGGUAAUGUUGGAAGUGGGGAGAGGGGACCGGGGGAAUGGAUACAAUUAGUAAGUAGAUCUGUCUUGUCCUAAUCCUGUGAUGACUCAUACAGUUUUUGGAGUUGUAUAGAAGGAAACAUUCCACCACAUGUGGCAUCUCAUAGCAUGAAAUAUUGUGAUGGGAAAAGUUACCCCUGGUAAAAUUGUCAUAUGUAUGCCAUUUUCAUAGAGGCAGUUUAGUGUCCAGACUUGUUGUUCAUACUCCUAAUCCAAGCCCUGAUGGUUAUUUUCCUCUCCCGUAUCUGUGAAAUAAAGGAAUUAAGUUGGAGCAGACACUUUAUUAUGUUACACAUUGGACAUACUGUUGGGACUUCAAAGUACACAAAGACCAGAACAUUGGGAUGCAAAAAAAGGAGACAAUGCUUUUAUCUUCGUCUUCUCACCCAAACCCUUCUGAUUCCCUUAGUCUCUUUUCAUAGUUGGGAGACAUCCUAAUCUCCUGCUUUUGGCUCUUUCCAUAUGUUAUAUUUGUGUUUUUAGCGUGUACCUAUAAUUAAACAUGCAAAAUCCAUAAAAUCAACUGUAGCUAAAUUACACAAUUACUAGGGAGUAUGCUUUACUGAACUUAGUGGGCUUUACUUCUCAACGAUCCCACUUUGGAUUACAUUGUAGGUUAGUUGUGCUUUACACUAGUUAAAUAAAUUGGAGAAGUUGUUAUGAGUAAGAGAAAUCCCAUUGAUUUCAAUAGGAUUAAAAUGUUAUAGAAGACACAGUCCUAUGCAUGUUUGGACGGAAAAACUCCUGCAACUCGCAGCAUUCACUAGCCUACCCAUAAUGUCUAGAUCUCAGUCUGGAUGAUGCUCUCAUUGUCUAGUGGCCCCAAACAGCACACAUGUAGAAUAAGUGCAGUGCCAUAGGAAAUGAGCUGUAGGGCCUAGUUCCUGGAGACAUGAACCUGUUUGGGAGAAGCAGGUUUUCCUGUUGCAAUAUGUGAAGCAGGUCAAUAAUCACAAAGUUCUCUGGCAAGUAUAGGUUCCAGAGCUGAUUGAUUAUGUUUCCAGAAGGGUUAUAUUUUCCUCCAUAACCGUAAGUGCUCAGUUUCUAAAAUGAUGUAAGACCGCCAAGAAGUCUUCCUCUCCAUUCUCCCAUUUCCUGAUGUUUCUCUCUUUUUCCUUGUGUAUGAGCAUGUGCUGAGGAGGAAUCAUUCAUGAGUGGUGGUAGCCAGGCUUUUAAAAUAUUAUGGUGCACAUUCUAGGGUGGAUCCUACCUCUUUCUGUUGUACUGGCCUUUGGUCCUACCUACCUACCUACCUACCUAUUUAUUUAUUGGAUUUAUAUCCUGCCUUUUUCCUACAGAGGGCUCAAGGCAGCUUACAUCAUUCUCCUCCUCCAUCUUAUCCCCACAACAACAACCCCAUGAGGUAGG